AUGAGUCCUCCUUCGCCCAAGGGCCUCGAGGAGGCUAGAAUCGAAAGGUCUCCAUCGGAUGAAUAUGACUACGGGGAUUCAAAGGGGUUGGGGACACACAAUGGACCCAACACGGAUACACAACGAGGGUUGUCGUCAAGACAGCUCCAGCUCAUUGCUAUAGGUGGUUGCAUUGGCACAGGUCUCUUUGUUGGCUCGGGAGCGACUCUUUCAAUGGUUGGUCCUGCGCCUCUAUUCAUGAGUUACCUCGCCAUGUCUUCCGUGGUUUGGUUUGUCAUGAAUGUCCUUGGAGAAAUGACCACCUACCUACCGAUUCGAGGUAUCUCGGUUCCCUAUCUCAUCGGACGGUUUACUGAGCCGAGUAUGGGAUUUGCGGCUGGAUAUAACUACUGGUAUUCGUUCUCCAUGCUUCUAGCAACGGAAGUCACCGCUGCUGGGUUGAUCAUCGAAUAUUGGACGACUUCGGUCAGUGUUGGAGUAUGGAUCACCAUAGUGCUUGUCGUGAUCCUGCUUCUGAAUAUUGUCGCUGUUUCAUGGUAUGGAGAAGCCGAAUUUUGGUUUGCCGCUUUGAAAAUUCUCGCAAUUAUUGGCUUGAUCAUACUUGGAGUGGUCCUGUUCUUCGGAGGCGGUCCGAACCAUGACCGUCUAGGAUUCCGCUACUGGCAAACUCCUGGCGCAUUCAAUCCCUAUCUGGUCCCUGGAAACACGGGCAGGUUCCUGGGUUUCUGGACCGCGUUCAUUAGGUCGGGAUUCUCUUUCAUCUUCUCGCCCGAACUGAUUACUACUGCGGCCGGUGAGGUCGAAUCCCCUCGUCGCAACAUUCCCAAGGCCACCAGACGGUUCAUCUACCGGAUUUUCGCAUUCUACAUCCUGGGUAGCUUGGUGGUUGGGGUCACCGUAGCUUAUAACGACAAGGGCCUGCUUUCUGGAGUGGCCAACGGCGGUUCCGGAGCUGGAGCAAGUCCCUUUGUCAUUGGCAUUCAGAAUGCCGGUAUCCAUGGCUUGAACCAUGUGGUCAAUGCUGCGAUUCUCAUUUCUGCCUGGUCAUCUGGCAACGCUUGGUUGUUUGCUGGCUCAAGAACCCUGUACUCCCUUGCGAUAAGCGGACAGGCGCCCGGGAUUUUCUCCAUUUGCAACCGCAACGGGGUCCCGUAUGUUGCGGUGCUUGUCACCUGGGUAGUUGGAUUGCUGUCCUUCCUGAAUCUAUCCAACUCCGGCGCACAAGUCUUUUAUUGGUUCACCAAUAUCACCACGGUUGGUGGCUUCAUCAAUUGGGUCUUGAUUGCAAUUGCCUAUCUGCGCUUCCGCAAAGCCAUGACCUUUCACGGCGUCCUGGAUACCCUGCCGUUCAAAACUCCUCUGCAACCAUGGGGAUCUUACUAUGUCAUCUUUAUUGUAUCUCUUCUGACUCUGACUAACGGCUACGCCGCCUUCUUCCCCGGAAAGUUCACGGCUGCCGAUUUCCUGGUCUCGUACAUCGUGUUUGCCAUUUUCUUCCUCCUAUACGUCGGCCAUAAGCUCUGGUACCGCACUCCGUGGAUGACAAAGGUUGCAGAUAUUGAUGUGUUCUCGGGCAAGGAGGAGGUUGACAGGCUCUGUGAGAAUGACUUUGACCGGCAGCCGCGGAAUUGGCUGGAGAGAGUCUGGUGGUGGAUAGCAUGA